UGCGCAGGCGCGGUGCCGCCUUUCCGCGCAGGCGUAGAGGUCCCCGCGUCCUGGGCAGGCCGAGCUGGUCCUGACGCGGAGCGAAUUGGAGGUCGGCUGAAGCCAUGCCGGACUCUUGGGACAAGGAUGUGUACCCCGAGCCCCCGCGCCGCACGCCGGCUCCCUCGCCACAAACCUCGCUCCCCAAUCCCCUGACCUACUUUUUGAAGGCCUUCGACCUCUUCGUGGACCGGCCCGUGACCCUCGUGAGAGAGUUCAUUGAGCGACAGCACGCCAAGAACAGAAUCUACUACUAUCACCGGCAGUACCGACGUGUGCCAGACCUCACAGAAUGCCAAGAGGGUGACGUCCCGUGUAUCUAUGAGGCUGAGAUGCAAUGGAAAAGGGACUACAAAGUUGACCAGGAAAUUGUCAACAUCAUCCAGGAGAGGCUUAAGGCUUGUCAGCAGAGAGAAGGAGAGAGCUCAAAGCAGAACUGUGCCAAGGAAAUGGAGCAGUUCAACCAGGUGGCUAAGGCCUUCCAUGACCGCUAUUAUGACCUGGGAGCCUACUGUUCUGCCAGGAAGUGCCUGGCAAAGCAGAAGCAGAGGAUGCUGGAAGAGAGAAAAGCCACCAAGGCUGCUGCCUAAGACUCCAAGAGCUCAUUACAUUGCAGAAAUAAAGUGACUGGGUGCACCCUG